AUGUCAACAGCAUCAAAAAGAACAUUAGCAGCAUCAAUAUUAUUUGCAACUGGAGCAUUCAUAUUCAUAAAUUAUUCACAAAAAGCAGAAAGAGCAGCAUUAAGACAAGGUCCAAUAAAAGAUGCAGCUCGUCAAUUAGCUAAAAAAUCUAAAAAACAAGAAAUUAAUGAAUUAGAACAUUUAGAACAAAAUAAAUUAAAAGAACAAUAUCUAAAGUUACAACCUUUGAAUGAAGAAAUUAUACGUGGAGUUGAUGAAAAAAAGUAA